ACUGAAUUCACAAAACGUGUUAGAUAGAACUAAAACAAACAACAAACACACUCACAUAUAGUCUUACCCCACAUUAGAGAAGUGAAACCAAACCAGCAGCCAUGUUUGAAUUUACGCAACAACAACUUUAACCAUCAUUUCCCGGCAAAUACCGAAACCGUUUCUUCAUAAUGUCCAAACUACCCCUUUCCAUAUCAAAAUUCCCAUUUUCUAUCUUCUUCCUUCUAACCUUCAUAAUACCCUUCAAAGUAAUUUCACAAACCACAACCACCGAACAAACAAUCCUUCUCAAUCUUAAACGUCAACUUAAUAAUCCACCGUCGCUUGAAUCAUGGAAACCGUCGCUAUCUUCGCCGUGCAAUUGGCCGGAGAUCAAUUGCACCGGCGGCACUGUGACGGAGCUUCUCCUCUUAAACAAAAACAUCACCACACAGAAACUCCCUUCCAUAAUCUGCAACCUCAAAAACCUCAUCAAGCUUGAUCUCUCCAAUAACUCCAUCGCCGGCGAUUUUCCGACGUGGCUGCAAAACUGCUCCAAUCUCCGGUAUCUUGAUCUCUCCCAAAACUACUUCGCCGGUCAAAUCCCUAAUGACAUCAGCAAACUCAAAUCACUCACUUACUUCAACCUCGGCGGUAACAGCUUCACCGGCGAUAUCCCGGCGGCGAUCGGAAAACUUCAAAUUCUUCAAACACUUCACCUCUUUCAAAACAAUUUCAACGGAACAUUCCCGAAGGAAAUCGGAGACUUAUCCAAUCUCGAAAUUCUCGGCUUAGCUUAUAACUAUAGGCUCAAACCAAUGGAGAUUCCGAUUGAAUUUGGAAAUUUGAAGAGCUUGAAAUUCAUGUGGAUUUCACAGUGUAACUUGAUCGGAAACAUUCCAGAAAGUUUCGAGAAUCUCACGAAUCUCGAACAGUUGGAUUUAUCAAUGAACAAUUUAACAGGAAAUAUACCUACAAACUUGUUAUCGCUGAAGAACUUAAAUUCCUUGUUCCUUUUCCGUAAUAGGUUAUUUGGUGUGAUACCUAAUUCGGUUCAGGCUUUGAAUUUGACACAUAUAGACUUGGCAAUGAACAAUUUAACUGGUGCUAUACCAGAAGAAUUUGGUAAGUUGCAGAAUUUGAUGUUUCUGCACUUAUAUUCAAAUCAGUUAUCUGGUGAGAUUCCUAGAAGUUUAGGGUUAAUUCCAAAUUUGAGGAAUUUUAGGGUUUUUGAUAAUAAGCUGAAUGGAACCUUGCCUUCAGAAUUAGGAAGGUAUUCAAAGCUUGUGGCUUUUGAAGUUUCUGAAAAUCAACUAGUUGGUGGGUUGCCAGAACAUUUAUGUAAUGGUGGUGCUUUGUUGGGUGUGAUUGCUUUUUCAAAUAAUCUCAGUGGAAACUUGCCAAAAUCGUUUGAUAAAUGUGGUUCUGUUACCACUAUUCAACUUUACAAGAACAGUUUUUUAGGGGAAGUUCCUUUGAGUUUGUGGAAUUUGACAAAAUUAUCAACAUUGAUGUUAAGUGAUAACUUGUUUUCUGGUAAACUUCCAAGUAAAUUAUCAUGGAACAUGUCAAGACUUGAGAUUAGAAACAACAACUUUUCAGGUCAGAUAUCUGUUGGAGUUUCUUCUGCUUUAAAUUUGGUAGUUUUUGAUGCAAGAAACAACACCUUCUCUGGUGAGUUUCCAAGGGAAUUAACGGGUUUAUUGCAGCUCACUACGCUCAUGCUUGAUGGUAAUCAACUCUCCGGAACACUUCCAUCGGAGAUAAUAUCGUGGCAAUCGUUGAAUACUCUAACAAUCUCCAGAAACAAAAUUUCAGGUCAAAUACCCAUUGCCAUGUCUUCUCUUCCUAACCUAGUUUACUUGGAUUUGUCUGAGAAUAACAUAACUGGUGAAAUCCCAGCUCAGCUUGUGAAAUUGAAGUUUAUUUUUCUCAACUUGUCCUCCAACAAGCUAACAGGGAACAUCCCUGAUGAUUUUGACAACCUUGCAUAUGAAAAUAGUUUUUUGAACAAUCCUCAACUAUGUGCUCAUAAGAACAACCUUUCAAGCUGCUUGACAAAAACCACACCACGCACUAGGAGCAAUUCAUCUUCGAAAACGAAAGUCCUUGUUGUGAUUCUUGCUGUUGCAGUCAUUGCGUUGUUGGGCGCAGCUUCUUUGGCCUUCUGCACUUUGAAAAAGCACUGCGGCAAAAAGCCUGUCAGGCGUAAGCUUUCAACAUGGAGGCUUACCUCAUUCCAGAGGCUUGAUCUCACAGAAAUAAAUAUAUUCUCAAGUUUGACAGAGAAUAACCUCAUAGGAAGUGGAGGGUUUGGGAAAGUUUAUCGGAUAGCUUCAACUCGUCCUGGUGAGUACAUUGCAGUAAAGAAGAUUUGGAAUGUCAAAGAUGUGGAUGACAAACUGGAUAAAGAAUUUAUGGCUGAGGUUGAAAUCUUGGGCAAUAUUAGGCAUUCCAAUAUAGUGAAGCUUUUGUGUUGUUAUUCAAGUGAAAGCUCCAAACUUCUUGUUUAUGAAUACAUGGAAAAUCUUAGCCUGGAUAAGUGGCUGCAUAAAAAGAAGAUGAAAACGUCAGUUUCUGGGUUGAGUUCACACACCGAGAAUCAACUAGUGUUGAGUUGGCCAACGAGAUUGAACAUAGCCAUUGGUGCUGCACAAGGCUUGUGUUACAUGCACCAUGAAUGUUCAAUGCCAAUCAUUCACAGAGAUGUCAAGUCUAGCAAUAUACUGCUUGACUCUGAGUUCAAGGCGUGUAUAGCAGAUUUUGGGCUCGCCAAGUUGUUGGUGAAGAAUGGGGAACCAUACACCGCAUCUGUUCUAGCAGGGUCUUUCGGCUAUAUUCCACCAGAAUAUGCAUAUUCAACCAGGAUUGAUGAGAAAGUUGAUGUGUACAGCUUUGGAGUUGUGCUCCUGGAGCUAGUGACAGGAAGAGAGCCUAAUUAUGGAGGUGAGAAUGCAUGCAGUCUGGUUGAUUGGGCAUGGCAGCAUUGUAAUGAAGGGAAAUGCGUCACUGAUGCAUUUGAUGAGGUUAUGAGAGAAACACGUUAUGCAGAAGAGAUGACUAAGGUCUUCAAAUUAGGCCUCAUGUGCACAAGCACAUUACCCUCCACUAGACCUUCCACAAAGGAGAUUUUGCAAGUUCUUCGUCAGUGUUGUUCUUCAAGUUCUACACGUAAAAGAAUGUCAAUUGAGGUUGAUAUCACUCCUCUUCUUGGCAAUACAACUUACAUUUCCAGUUAUAAGGAUAGUAGGACUGGAAGUGAAAACGAAGAAAGUUGCUUAUAUAGUGUGUAACAUAGUAUUCUAUGCAUACGAUAGAACUACUUAGACUUCAAAAUAUGGUAAGAUAUCCAAUAGGAAAGUCGUGCUUCAAGUUUUGGAUAUAAUUAACAACUAAAUUUAUAAUCUAGGUUCUCCGCAUUACAGCUUUAUUAAGGCAACACAAUUAGCAUUUAGCAAGUCAGCGUAAUCUCUUGAAACGAAAUAAAGCAUCAGAUUGAUAAAGUACAAAUAAGUAAGUAGAAAUAAGAAAAACAUGCAAGAACACCGAUGAAAAAUUAAAAGAUCAGUCCAGGUGUUGAGUUUGGAUUUUUAGCCUGCAUAAUUUUGCAGGGUAGCUUA